AUGAAGGACACGGGAGAAUCAAAGGACCACCAACUAACUGUUGCCUUGAGAAUCCGACCCCUCAGUGAUGCUGAGCAGGAGGAGGCAGCGACGAUCGUGGCCCAUAGAGUGGACGACCAGAUGGUGGUUCUGAUGGACCCCAUGGAGGAUCCGGACGACAUCCUGCGUGCCAACCGCUCUAGGGAGAAGACUUACAUGUUUGACGUGGCGUUCGACUUCUCAGCCAGUCAGGAUGAGGUGUACCGAGCUACAACCAAAGGGCUGAUUGAGGGCCUCAUAUCAGGCUACAAUGCCACUGUGUUUGCCUAUGGACCCACAGGUUGUGGGAAGACAUACACCAUGUUGGGGACAGACAAGGAGCCAGGCAUCUACGUCCGAACCCUGAACGACUUGUUCCGUGCCAUUGAGGAGACCAGUGACGACAUGCUUUAUAGCGUCUCGAUGUCCUAUCUGGAGAUCUACAAUGAGAUGAUCCGUGACCUGCUGAAUCCAUCCUCAGGCUUUUUGGACCUAAGAGAAGACUCUAAGGGAGUGAUUCAGGUUGCUGGCAUUACUGAGGUGUCUACCAUCAAUGCCCAAGAGAUCAUGGAGUUGCUAAUGAAGGGCAACAAACAGCGUACCCAGGAGCCAACAGCUGCCAAUCAGACAUCUUCUCGCUCCCAUGCUGUGCUCCAAGUAGCCGUCAAACAGCAGAGCCGCUGCCGAGAUGUCCUGCAGGAGGUCCGCUUUGCACGCCUCUUCAUGAUUGACCUUGCCGGCUCUGAACGAGCAGCACAGACUCAGAAUAGGGGUCAGCGCUUGAAAGAAGGGGCCCACAUCAAUCGCUCCCUCCUGGCUUUGGGCAACUGCAUCAACGCCCUGAGUGACAAAAAUGGCACAAAGUAUGUCAACUAUCGAGACAGCAAGCUGACACGCCUAUUGAAGGACUCACUGGGAGGGAACAGCCGAACAGUCAUGAUAGCCCAUAUUAGUCCUGCCUCGGUGGCUUUUGAGGAGUCCCGUAACACGCUGGCAUACGCUGACCGUGCCAAAAGUAUUAGAACACGGGUAAAAAAGAACCUGAUAAAUGUGUCAUACCACAUUGCUCAGUACACCAACAUAAUCUCAGAUCUGCGCUGCGAGAUCCAGCGGCUCAAAAAGAAGAUUGCAGAUCAGGCAAGCCGCCAACCCAACUCAGACAAGGCUGACAUCCGCCACGUCCAGGCCGAGGUCCAGGCUCACUCCAGCCACCAGAGUCGAGCAGAGAUGGACCAUUUGAGGGAGCAGCUGCUGGAUGCGUUCCGGAAACAGAUGGAGAUCAGGAAGAGCCUGAUGGAGCUGGAAAACAGCAACAUGGAGAUCCAGAUCGACACCUCCAAACAUCUGCUAACUAUUGCAGACUGGGAACAGGAGCGGAGUAGGCGCAGGAGGAAGUGGCGGGCAGAAAGGAGAAAGGAAAGUGUGAAUAAGGACGAAAGCGAGAAGGACUCUGACUCCCCGGAGUCUCCCCCUGACAGCACUGAGACCCAGGAGGUGGCGAUGGCCAGAGAAAACCUGGUUACACUCAUGACUGAACAGAAAAAGAUCCACAAACAGAAGGCAUCGCUUGAGCGUAGGUUCCUAGAGCUUCAGGAUCGGGCCCGGCGCUUGGAGGAGCUGCUGCCUCGGAGGGUGAGCUCAGAGGAGCAGCGCGAGGUCCUGGGCCUCCUCUGCAAGGUCCAUGAGCUGGAGAUCGAGAAUGCUGAGAUGCAGUCUCACGCGCUACUCAAGGACAACGUCAUCCGACAGAAAAACUUUGUUGUGCAGCGUUUCGAGCAGUACAGACACCUGUGUGACGAGAUCAUACAGCAGCAGAGGCAGUUCAUUGAUGACCACAGUCUGCUAGUACCUCCCCACCUCCAGGAGCUCUAUGAUAUGUACAUGAGGGAGCUCGAUGAGAGGAAACUGGACAGAGCCAUGGCCCUGGAUAAGGUGACAACAAGACAUACCAUCAAGGAGGGCUCUCUACCCAAGAUCACCCUGCCUGGCCACGGUCGUGACAACAUGCAGGACAUGGACUCAGACCAAGAGAGCGUACGCAACAUGUGCUCCGACAACAGACGAGGCCAAGCCAAAAUCCGUAGACACACAUUGCCCCCCAUUCUGCCUGAGCCUGAGCUGGACAGUAACAGAGUUUUUAAGAGCAGCCCUCAUGCCAGGCAGAUGAAAAACUCAGCUGUAAUGACCCCGCCUCCCAUCCACAUCAACGGAAAGGGCAAUAGAGAGCUGCAGCAGCUGGCUCCUGAGAGCUCUCUGAGUUACAGCCAUCUCAGCCACAGUGUCAGCAGCCACCUGGACUCAUCACCUGAGAGCAGCGAGGCAGGGGCUGAUAUCCCCUUGUCACGAAGUGAGAGACAGCAGAUCCUAAAGGGCGUCCAGAGCAUUGUGGUGAAGGCAGCCCGAAGGCGCUCCAAAGCCCUAGAGCUGGAUGCCUUGCGGUUGCCCCCACCUCCCUCUCCUUUGGACCCUAAGAAGCAAAAGAGCAGCCUGUCUUUAAGUGAGGCACCUCCUAGAGGUUUGCCAAUGCGGCGUGGGAGGCAGCCUAGCCCUGAGCUCAGACACGCCACCUCAGAUGAUAACCUGUCCAGCAGCACUGGUGAGGGGCCCAGUCUGCAGGUGACUUGGACACGACCACGUAACCGUCAGGUCGCCACCAAGAACCAAACCCCCCGUGAAGUUGACUUUGAGGCUCGCCGCAAGAAGAGGCGUUCACGCUCUUUUGAGGUUACUGGUCAAGCACUGCCUCAAACCAAGACCACCACAGCUCAGAGGUUCCGACCUCUGGACAGCACAUCUGACCCCCACCUCCACAUCAAUGGUCAGCCCCAGGCCCCCAUGCUUCGCCCUCAGUACAGAGGGGUCCCUCCUCUUGCCAAAGUCAGGGCACCCUAUAACAGCCAGCAAACAGGUUCAAAUGCAGAGUCCACGGCCCACAUGAAUAACCUGAAGCGAGGGCCCCAGCUGCGGCAGCCCCAGCCCCUCCUCUACAUCACCACCACAGGCACUGGGGGCCAGCGCAUACGCAGACACUGA